AUGUUAAGCACACAUAGAUCUUUAGGUAUCAUCAAUAACUCUCCCACUACGACUGCCCAACUAGAAGAAGAAGAAGAGGGACAUGAUGUUAAUAUUCAACAAAGUACUAGUAGUAGUAGUAAAAGUACUUGCCAGGAGGAUAAUUAUAACAAUUUAAAAGAAAACCAAACACACUCAAUCAAAACCACACAAUCUACUUCAUCAGAGGGUGUGGUGGACAAUUUUCAAGCAGGCAAAACACCUGGCGACUACAAUAUAAGAAGGAGAAAUAGUAAUAAUAAUAUUGGACUAAAUCGUACCUCCAAGAGUGAUCACUUUUUACCUUUUCUUUAUCAAUCUUAUAAGAGUAAUAAUAAUACUCCUACCACUACUACUCCUACUCUUACCUCCUCUUCGUCCGCAUGUACUACUCCACCUAUAUCAUCACCACCACUAUCUUUGAGCCAUAAACAACAACACACGUUUUUGAACAACAUUAUCAAUAAUCCAAUCAUUGGCAAUCAUAAAUCAUCAUCAUCAUCAUCCUGUUCUUCUUCACCCCAAAUAUCAUGGUCACCCCAAUUAAAUAACUCUACUUCUCAAAACAACAACAGUUUAAAAUCAACAACAUCUUUGGAUAAUUUUAUCCUUCUUACUUCACCUACCUUGUCAGCUCAUAGAAUUAAUACUAUUAAUAAUAAUAAUAAUAAUAAUAACACCUGUAAUAAUAAUUUAAGUGAUAUCAAUAGUGACAAUAGUAGUUUAAUUAAAUUAUCUGGACACCAAAAUAAUCAAAAUAUUUUGAUUGAUGACGGUGAUGAUGAUACACAGAUCAUCAUCAUGGAUUUAAAUAUUAAUAAUAAUAAUAACCAAACCCAAAAACAACAAAAAAAUCAAUCCGAAAACACAAAUUCCACCAUUUACCAUCACCCCACUAACAACAGCAGCAGCAGCAGCAGCAGUCAUUCAACAACAACAAACUUAAAUAACACCAUCCAUAAUAAUCACAUUUUUAUAAAAAAUAAUAAUUGUCAAGAAAGUGAUGCUAUUGAAAUACCAUUAAAUAUCAAUAAUAAUAAUCAUAAUAAUAUUGAAAACUCUAAUCAAUUUGAAAAUUCAAGUGAUCAGUCAUCCUGCUCCUCAUCACCAUCAUUGAUUAUUUUCCCUCAUCAUUCUUCUUCUUCUUCUUCUUUCAUUUCCACUCCACCAACCAAUCAUCAUCAUUGCAGCUCAUUUGACCCUUUGACCACUAUGGAACCAUCGUCCUAUCACAGCAAUGUAAGCACUCUAAUAGGUAGCAAUGGUAAUGGUAGUGGAUGUAGUAGUCCAUCCACAUCUUAUUCAAGCUUUAGGGAGAAGCUUCUUUCAGGGACUGUAGCACCACCUUCCAAACAAUUUGGAAAGAUUGAUAUUGACAUGGAUCAAUUGUAUUUUAUUAGUGGUCAAAAUGUAUCGGGAAAGGCUAAUUUAUUCCUAUCACAUGAUACCAUUACAACUGGUGUUUCCCUCAAAUGGAAAGCCGUAGAACAUGUAAUUUAUCAUCAAACUACAAUUAAACCAAAAUAUAAUAAUGUAAUUUCAUUACCAACUGAAAGAAUUGAACAAAGAAAAGUUAUUUUUCAAGAUACUGAUAUUAUUUAUUCGACCGAUGACAAUGAUACCGAUAGAUUGACUAGAGGAUCACAUACAUUCCCCUUUCAAUUUAAAUUACCAAGUCAUUUACCAAGUUCCUAUUGCUUUGCCAAUAAUUCAAACAAAACUUUAAGUUCUAUAACUUAUACAUUAUCAAUAUUUAUUGAAAAUUCACAUUCAACAAUGAAAGUAAAGAAAUCAUUUGUUGUAACUGAACCUGUUAUCAUAGCAUCAUCGAUUAAUCAAGUUCCAUUAUUCAAGGAAGCAUCAAAAUCAUUCCUUGUCAGUAAAGGAGAGGUGAAAUUAAAAGUAUCGAUUCCGAAAAAUGUAUUCUUUCCAGGUGAGACUAUCCCCAUUAAAUUUGUUAUUGUCAACUCGUCAUCGAGAUGUAUCGAUUAUUUAAAGGUACAACUAAAGAGAAUUGAAACGAUAAAAGUGGCCAAAUCGGAAACAUCAACAUCGACAGUCUCUCAAAAGAAUCAUACAAAGAUUAAACAGAGAUUCGAAGGAAUCGGAUCACACACCAACCACGAAAAUAUACUCCAAUUUGACUUUUUAAAGAUUAUACAACAAGAAAGCAUUCAACAACAACAACAAUUACUUUUACAACAACAAUAUUUUAAUUGUAAUAAUGAUAGUCAAAUUAAUUUAAAUGCGUCAUCACCAAAACUUUGUAGUAUGGGUGAUUGUUUUUAUAUAUCUUCUUCAAGUGGUAGUAUUAAUACUAAUAAUAAUAAUAAUAGUAAUAGUAGUAGUAGUAGUAGUAGUAGUAGUAGUAGUAGUAGUAGCAGUAGUAGUAGUAGUAGUAGUAGUAGUGGUAGUAGUAGUAAUAAUUCUACACCAAGACCAAUGUGGAAUAAUUAUAGAUUGACACCUGAAAAGUUCCAUCAUCCAUCGACCAAUGGAACAUUGGUUGAAUGCAAAUACAAAUUAACGGUUAGAUGUAUCAUCAAACGUGCCUUUAAUAUAUCGAUUAAUUUUAAUAUAUUAAUUGGUUACCUUCCAAACAAAGAAUCUGAAAUCCUAAAUCAACAUGAUUUUAAAACUCUUCAUGUACUUGAUGGAAACCUCUCCCAGUCCUCUUCAUUUAGUACAAAAAGACAAUAUCUUUAUAGUUAG